CGGGGCGGGCUGCGGGCGGCGCGGAGUGAUUGAUGGCGUGAUUGAUGGCUCGAUUGAUGCUUUCGACAGGCACAGCUGGAGACUGUAGGAAGCCACAUGCCAAAGUGAGUCUCAAUCCCCUGAGACACCUGCAAGAGGUAGAACACUGCAUGGCAAAGCAGCACUUGCCACAGGCACACCACUGGGUUCCUCUGGCAAGACUCUUCAGCAGCUUGCGGGGAAGAGUUUUAUCCCAGUCAGACAACUGUGCCUCAAAGUAUCAGGUUUUGCGUAAGGCUAAGACAUCUAUCCAGAAGCUGGAGCAAACCUUGUGUUCUUUGCUGAAGAUGAAAGCAAGCUGCAGUCUGGAGGAUGGGAGCCCAUCCAGCUUGGAGGAAGUCAGGGAGGAAUAUGUCAGGAGGCAAUUCGGCAGUCACAGCACUACAUCAGCCUCAGAAGAUAUGAGUGAAAGUGACUCUGCCAUCUGGUAUUUGCUUCAAGAAUCUGAAAAACAAACACCGGAAGAAUAUGGGAAGCCAGAAUUGAUUCAGUUUUCGGACACUUUAUCCCCAGAUCUAGUGGAAUUUGAACGAUACCUGUAUUUUUAUAAGCACACAGUGGACCUGCUGAUAGAGCAUGGGAUUGUUUGCACUGGAGAGGUGCCUCUUCCUGAGGUCUCCACAGCUAUUUCCCAUCUCUGGCAAGAGCUUUCUGAAGAGAGCAGGGACAGCAUCUUGCAGUACUGUAGCCAGAGAGAUUUCCUCAUGGAUCCCAAGGCUGCUUGCCCAGAGCCGGCUUGCACUGAAGGUAGUGUGAGGGACAGCGGAGGUAACAGUGAGGAAGCCAGUGGUUCCUCAGUCUCCACACCAGAGGAAGUGAUGUUUGAAGAUGCAUUUGAUGUUGCUGCUGGUUUCCUUGACAGAAGCAAGGCUCAGGGAAUGUCCAGCCAGAGUUCAGCAUUUGCAAGCUGCACUUCUGAAAAUCCAGAGGAUCACCAGAGACUCUAUCUGCAGGUCACUGACUUCCUGAAACACCUCUUCUUCACUAAUACUCAGUUUUGCCAGGAAGAAGAUCUUCACUAUGAUCAUGAGACCGUGAUGCUGCGGUGCACUGAGACCUUCGAUGAUGAAGAUUUCUAAACAGUAUCUCCACUAUCUCUACCUGGCCAAGCACUGCCAGGCACGCCAGGCGUGUGAGGAGGCCUCACCUCCUUAGUACUUCUUGAUAUAUCAGUUGAGUAAUUUAUACUUUUUAAAGGUUUUAAGGGUCUUAGCUAUUUAUUAAUACAUGUUUUUACCCAUUGCUAUUUAAUGUUUAGCCUUGCUUCACAAAGAAACUGAGGCAUGCACAGUUAAGUGACCUUGCCUUGCACAAGGUGUGGGAAGAGCAGAAGGGAGGCUGGAUCAGUGGCAGUCUGCACACUCCCACAGGAUGCAGGUCUCAAACUGCAACCUGCAAAAGUCACCUGGCAGUGAUUACUCUUCUGGUGCAAUUUUUCAUCUUGGGCUGACAAAGAAAGAGGGAUUUCCUCACAGAGAGUGGGAUGAGGCUCUUCUAUCUCUUUGUGAGGACAGCAGCAGUGAGC